UGCCAGGCCGACUCGGAGUGCCCGCGGCACCGGCGCUGCUGCUACAACGGCUGCGCCUACGCCUGCCUGGAGGCCGUGCCGCCCCCGCCAGUUUUAGACUGGCUGGUGCAGCCGAAACCUCGAUGGCUUGGUGGCAAUGGCUGGCUCCUGGAUGGCCCUGAGGAGACGUUGCAAGCAGAGGCAUGCAGCACCACGGAGGAUGGGGCAGAGCCACUCCUCUGCCCCUCGGGCUACGAGUGCCACAUCCUGAGCCCAGGUGACAUGGCUGAGGGCAUCCCCAACCGCGGGCAGUGCGUCAAGCAGCGCCAGCCAUCAGAUGGGCGACUCCUACGACACAAACUUUACAAAGAAUAUCCAGAGGGCGACUCCAAGAACGUGGCAGAGCACGGGAAAGGACAGCAGAGACACCUUCAAUAGUGCAACCACAGCAGCCAAUUUGCAAGAACAUUCCUCCACUUUCUGCUAAGCCUUGGAAAUAGUUGGGUAAAAAUGAUGUGACCCCCAGAGGUCACGCCCAACUCAGCAGAUCCUGACCCCAGAAAGACCGGACGCCUGGCUGUCAGCCCCAGCUUGGCCCCACCUGGCUGGGUGACUUUCUGGGAGCCACUUACCAGCGCUGGAUCCCCGUUUUAUCAUCCUGGAAACAAGGCACACUAGGAAUCGCAUUUGACCCUACAGCUCCACAGCUCCCCACUGGGAAGAAGCCACUGCCUCCGUGAGCGUGUCCGCAGCUCCUGUCUAAGACGGAGUUCACUGUCCUGGUUACUUACAGGUGUCCUCCAGGUCUGACUCUGGGAGGCAUGCCCCCAUCCGAAAUGUUCUCAAAGUAAAUUUACUCCUCAU